GUUUCUAUUUGGCUCUUCAAGGGCCUAUGGAGGGAAAGCGCCCCGGCGUUUUACCAGUCGAUCUCUCUCUCUCUCUCUCUCUCUUCGCACCAUUCAACUGGCAUUUCUCUCUCUUCCAUUGCUAGGGUUACCUUAUUCAAAAUUUUCUUCCAUAUCCCACUUGCAUAGACCAUUCCUCUCUCUCUCUCUAUCUAUCUCAUUCUCUUUCUCUGCAACUCCGUUCUAUCUCCUGAGCCAAUGUUCUCUCAGUUCAACUACGGCAUCCUUCCUGAUACCUCGUGGUUCUUCUGUUUAUAGUCCCCUGUUAGUUUAUCGUGAUUGUGACCAAAUCAUGGGAAGAGAAGCAGGAAGAGUAGGAGUUUCACCCGAGCAGUCCAGUUUGCAGAUUGAUGGGUCAGGUCCGAGCAGCAUUGUCCAGGAUGCUUUGGUACGCUUGGCAUCAACUGAUCCACUAGAACUGUGCAAUGAAGCAAAGAUUGAGCGAUGUCGUGCUACUAGAGAUUUGAGAAGUUGCGGGCGUUAUGUUCAGCAUGUUCUGAAUUCAUGUGGGCAUGCUUCGUUAUGUGCUGAAUGCAGUCAACGUUGUGAUAUGUGCCCAAUUUGUAGAAUCCCCAUACCGAAGAGGGGCAAUAGGUUCAGGUUGCGUCUAUACUAUGAAUGUGUGGAUGCCGGCCUUAUUUCUAUAAGAAGUGAUGAUAGAUCUAAAGACAAAAAUGAAGGAAAGUAUUUGGCUGCUGAUAUUCAACAUCUGUACUCUCUGUUUGAUGUUGCCAUUGAGCACAAUUUGGUCUCUUUAAUCUGCCAUUAUAUAACUGAUGUUUGUAUGGAUGAAAGUGCUGUAUCCAGCGAUCCUGUUCUUGCUAUGCUUCUUGACGAGGUUGUUGUCAAGGAAUGGUGCAAGAGGACAUUUGGGAACAUCCUAGAAGGGCUUCAUGGGAUAUAUAAUCUUGAGUCUAAAGAGAUGAAACUGAAGUCUGCAGUACUCCAGAAGCUUUUGGUGCACCUCAAUGGAAUUGCAAAUGUCCUUGAGGCGUUGGACUUAUCAUUCAGAGGAACACUUUCUCCACAACUUCAAGACUUGCACCAUCUUUUAGAUAAUGUCUCAAAAGCUAAGCAGCAUUUGGAGGUUAUGGCUUGGUGCGUGAGAUAUCAGUUCCUUGAUAAUAUCCAGUCCUGCUAUCCCAGCAUCAUACAGUGGCGAUCUGCUAUUCGUGAGAGGAAAUCAGCUGCUAUUCAACGUGCAUGGCCUGAUUCAACUAGUCAGAUAACAGGCAUACAACCUGGAUCUACGCUAUUUAUUGAAGAUGCUUUAUCAAAUCUUGGAAUAGAACAAGAUUUUGUAGAAGAAACAAGAAUUCCUUUCGAAGUUACGUGUUUGAAGAAAGAUGUUAGUUCCAGAUCAUUGUUUAGAUCCAAAAUUGAGGGAAUGGAAGGAAGCUAUCCAUUUGAGAAUAUGCGAAGUGCUGUAGAUACUCUUUUCUUGCAGGGUAGCUCUGAUCUUCUUGUUGCGAAACAAGCUAUUUUGUUGUACUACUUAUUUGAUCAGCAUUGGACACUUCCUGAUGCUGAAUGGAGACCUAUAGUGGAUGAUUAUGCUGUCACUUUCUCUAUUACAAGGCACUCAGUUUUGGAGUCUUUGACAUUCUAUCUUCUGGAUGACCAUAGUGAUCUAGCAUUGCAGGAGGCUUGCCGUCUUCUUCCUGAAAUUGCUGGUCCUACAGCACAUCCAAAGAUCGCUCAAGUUUUACUAGAAAGGCAAAAUCCAGAUGCCGCCUUGAUGUUUCUAAGGUACUCUGGUCAUGACAAUCUGUACUCAUAUGCAACUUUGGGGCAUGAAGCAACAAAUUUGGUUUCGCUCAGGGAGGGUGUAACAUCUGUUCGGGUGAGAAUUGAAUGUGGACUACUGACUGAAGCUUAUAUGUACCAGAGAGCUCAUUGCUCACGAGUAAAAGAACAUAAGUUAACUGAAACACCUGCAUCAAAUGUUUCACUUUCACUCAAUCAAGAUGGUGGAUACAACGAUUGGUUGAAUCAGAUGGAGGUUCUGGUAACUGAAAUUUGUUGCCUCUGUAUUCGGAGAAAUUUAUUGGAUAGAAUGAUUGAGUUGCCAUGGAAUCACGAGGAAGAAAAAUUUCUCCAUAAAUAUCUAUUUGACAGUGCUCUUCAAGACCUUUCAACCCCUCUCGGCAGCUUUCUGGUUGUGUUCUAUCUCCAGCGUUAUCGUUAUAUAGAAGCAUAUCAAGUUCAUCGUAAGCUUCAGAGUUUGGAGCAGAGCAUUAUUUCGAGGAGCACUGAUGGGGAACUUGUGUCUAAGAUGCAAUCUAUGAAGGAAUGGAGAUCAGGACUUGUUGAUAAGUCCAUUGAUUUGCUACCUGAGUCACAGCGCCAACUGGUAAAGAGUGGAAACAUGCCUGACCUUUUUCUUCUCCCUAUUAAGGAUGUUGAACCAUAUGUGAAAGCCAAGAUGACAGCUAUGCAGCCACCAAAACACAUCACAUUACCUGUUUCUGCAUCCAUCGCUUCUUCCCUUAUUCUUUCUCCAGAUUGCACACCAUUUUCCUCCAAGGGGGCCUUGGCCUCUAAAACUUUCGCUAAGACUGAUGAAUUAAAUACAGGCUUCAACUUUGAUUGGAGCGAUUAUCGUCCUCCCUCUAUACUCCAUGGGAGAUCAUUAGCCUCUCUAAGAAACCCAUCUUUUUUGAACAAAUUUGAUACACCAGCCAAGAAUAUACCACCUAUUCCUGGAGACAAAACUGAUAUGCUUUUGACUCCCAUCACAUCUAGAAUACAAGGAUCUGGCCUGGGUGCGAGGCAUAGUUUUUCAUUGAAAGAGACUCCAGGAGGUCGUAAUCUUGGUGGGUUUGAACUUACCCCUCAAAAAGACACCGAGAAAAGUGCUUCUAGAACCAUGCAGAGCAUUCUAGAAACUCGAUUUCAUGGAGAAAAUGCAAAUGGGUCUGGGAAUCAAGUGGAGGAUUCAUCCCCCAUGCCUUCAGUUGAAGAUGAUUCUAUGGAGAAUGGGGUCCUUCCCCGAGAUAAUCUGGCAAACAAAAUGAAUGGUUACGAUUCGAUCAGAAGUGGGACUCGAGAACCUGUUUUGAACUUCACCGGGAAGCGUGUUCCAUCAGACAGAUCACGGUUGACAGUGGGUCCUGUUGAAGAGGCCAAUUCCAUUGAGAGUAUUCACGGCAAGAGAGAGACUAGCUUUGGAGAUACAAUUAUGAAUAGUGGGUUGAGAUGGAGGUUAGAUGAAACUAGUGAUGAUGAGGAGGAGGGCCAUCUGAACCCUGCUGCAGAAAGAGGCAGGCAUUCCUCUGUGACUCCUGCAAGAGGAAGAAGAAGAAGCAGGUUUUACUGAAAUUGAGGGGCCUGAAAUUGGUUCUUUGCGUCCAUUUUUGUAGAUCUUUCAUUACCUUCGGUUUUCUUCUCUAUCUUUGUUUCGUUUUGUUGGAGAAACAGGUGAAACAGGCUGUUACAGUCAAAUAUUGAAGGGUCAUGAAUGUGCCUCCCUAUUGUUGUUUUUAAUAGGAGAGAGCAUUGUUAAUGGUCCCCCUUAGCUUUAUUAAGCUUCUGUAUCAUUACUGUAUUGCUAGGUAAUAGUGUUUUAUUGCAAUAAUAACAUCUUAGCAAUGUAACAAGGGGAAUACACAGUUUGUGGUGCCUUAAUCGCUUCAAAUCUGGCUAGGAAUGACACCCGCCACAUUCAUUAUUGGAGUCGGGCAAAGAGCAACACUCACAUUGUAUUUCUCAUUUUCAAAGUUGAGAGAA